CGCUGCUACACUGAUAUUUACGGUAGCUCGGUGCUAACGGUAACCGGAGCUAACCGGAGCUGAAGUUUCUUGCAUCGCCACCGGCUGUUGUUAUUCGGGUUUAACGGGGGUUUUACCGGCGUGUGAAAGAGCUCAGCAGGAAGUCAACAUGACGUCUUCAUGAUCUGAACUCUUGGGACUCGCUGCUGUUGCUGCCCUCUGAUUGGUGGAAGUCAGCUGUCCGUCAUCAUGCAGCUGACCUAUGAGAAGCUGCCGGCUCAGCUGAGGCAGAGCUCCCGGCUCAGGAAGCUGGCGGCCGUGAUGCUCGCCGCCUACGCCAUCAAAAAACUGACGCCGCACGUCUGGAGGAGGAUCGUCCAGAGGAGUGCAGCAGGUAAACAGCUGGUCAGGGCUAACCUCCCGGAGGACGUGGCCUCCUCCUCCAUCACUGAUAACCAAAAAGAGAAGAAGAAGAGUGACAGCAGGUCUCCAUCAGUGAACAGGGAUUUUGCCCUCAGACUGUCUCGUCUGUUGAAGCUCUUGUUUCCACGGUUACUGUGUCCAGAGGUCGGACUGCUCGCCUUGCACUCUCUCACUCUGAUGUCCAGAACCUUUCUGUCCAUUUACGUCGCUACGCUGGACGGUGCGAUUGUGAAGUCUAUCGUACAGAAGGAUCCACGAGCCUUUGUGCUCCAGCUGUCUAAGUGGCUCCUCGUUGCCGUUCCUGCCACGUUCAUCAACAGUGCCAUCAGAUUCCUCGAAGGUCAACUGACACUCAGCUUCAGGAGCCGUUUGGUCAACCACGCCUACGAGCUGUACUUCACCAACCAGACAUACUACCGAGUCAGUAACAUGGACGGCCGUCUGUCCAAUCCCGAUCAGUCUCUCACUGAGGACAUCGUCAUGUUUUCAGCCUCCAUCGCUCAUCUUUACUCCAACCUAACCAAACCCAUCCUGGACGUGGUCGUCACCUGCUACACCUUGCUGCGCACCGCUCACUCCAAAGGAGCCAACACUACUUGGCCGUCAGUCAUCGCCGGCAUUGCGGUCGCACUCACUGCCAAAAUCCUGCGCUCCUGCUCGCCUCGAUUCGGGAAGCUCGUGGCUGAAGAGGCACGACGGAAAGGAGAGCUGAGGUACAUGCAUUCCCGUAUCAUCACCAACUCAGAGGAGAUCGCAUUCUACGGAGGACACAAGGUGGAGAUGGCCCAGCUGCAGAGGAGCUACAUGUCUCUGUCCUCUCAGAUUCAUAAGAUCCUUCUGAAGCGGCUCUGGUACGUCAUGCUGGAGCAGUUCCUCAUGAAGUACGUAUGGAGCGCCUCUGGACUGGUGAUGGUCGCCGUGCCCAUUAUCACCGCCACAGGAUACUCCAAAUAUGACUCUGAGGAGGUGAAGCAGGCAGCCAUGGUGAUGAAGGAGGAGGAGCUGGUGAGCGAAAGGACGCAGGCCUUCACCAUAGCCAGAAACCUGCUGAAUGCUGCAGCCGACGCCGUGGAGAGAAUCAUGAGUUCCUACAAGGAAGUAACAGAGUUGGCAGGUUACACAUCUCGAGUCUCUGAGUUGCUGGAUGUGUUUGAAGACGUGAAUAAUGGAGUCUACCGUCGCUCUGCAGAGAAAGAGGAGGCGUUAACAGCAGCAGCAGCAGAAGGAGGAGAACCAGGAGUGAUGCAGCACGGGCAGAGAGUCUGUGGCCGUCUGGAGAUCAGAGGUCAGGUGAUCAGUGUAGAGAAGGGGAUUCGCUGUGAGAACCUGCCAAUCAUCACGCCGACCGGAGACGUGGUGGUAUCCAGCCUCAACAUCCAGGUGGACGAGGGGAUGAAUGUGUUGAUCACAGGUCCGAACGGUUGUGGAAAGAGUUCUUUGUUCAGGAUCCUCAGUGGAUUGUGGCCUGUUUAUGGAGGAGUCCUGUUCCGUCCAGAUCCACAGCACAUGUUCUACAUCCCACAGAGGCCCUACAUGUCAGAGGGGACCCUCAGAGACCAGGUGAUCUAUCCGGACUCAGUAGAGGAGAUGAUUCAGAAAGGAAUGAGAGAUUCAGACCUAGAAGAGAUCCUUCGCACAGUCCACCUGCUCUACAUCCUGGACAGAGAAGAAGGUUGGGAGUCAGUCAGUGACUGGAAGGAUGUUCUGUCUGGAGGAGAGAAACAGAGGAUGGGGAUGGCUCGUAUGUUCUACCAUCGCCCCAGGUAUGCUCUGUUGGAUGAAUGUACGAGUGCCGUCAGCAUCGACGUGGAGGGAAGCAUCUUCCAGGCUGCAAAGGAUGCUGGGAUAGCCCUGCUGUCAAUCACACACAGACCCUCCCUUUGGAAGUACCACUCUCACCUCCUGCAGUUUGAUGGAGAAGGUGGUUGGCGUUUUGAACGUCUGGAUGCGUCCACUCGUCUGUCUCUGCAGGAGGAGAAACAGCGCCUGGAGAAUCAGCUGUCGGGGAUCCCAAAGAUGCAGCAGCGUCUGGCAGAGCUGUGUCUCCUCCUGGGGGAGAGAGAGGGGGAGAGAGAGGAGGAGGAAGAGGAGGAGGAGAAGGAGGAGGAGGAGGAGGACAAAUGA